GUUUUACUGCCACACCACGAUACGUCAACACACGUCAACAGGCUGUACAACCUCAAGUUUGGCAGCAUGAUCCGAAAAGCGAUUGCACACGCGCCCUGUAUGAUUGACAAACUUGAUAUGCAGGAAAUGCAGGACGCGUGAGUGCUAAUGACUUGUCAUCUCAGGCCUUCUUGAGCGCUGACCGCUGAGGGUACCUUGCUGUUAUUUCUGUAGAUUCCCAGGAGAAUUUCGCAAGACCUCGCGCCAACGUUGGCGUCAAUCAGACGGCAUGCAAUAUGCCUUUUCCUACUUUUAUUUCCUGAUGAGCAUCAAGCAGCAUGCAAACAUCUCAAAAGUGUUUGACGCCGCUGACAAGGACCACUCUGGCGUUCUGUCCGAUAGCGAGAUUCAAGCUUUGGCCACAAGCAUCCAUCAGCAGCCACUCAAACCCAAGGACUUGACGAGGUUGAAGAAUCAGUUGAUCGACUGCUCAAAAACUCUUCCAAAUGACGUCAGGGAGCUGGAACCCAGUCAGGAGGUCUUCCGUGACCAAAAGAUGUCUCAGGUCACUAAAGAACUAUAUGUGUUCUUCAGGGUUCUGUCCUUGGCCCAUUGCUGUUUCUAA